AUGUCCUUCACCAACAUCCCAAUUCUCGACCUCUCGCUGGCCAGAACCCCAGAAACUAAAUCCGAGUUUUUGAAUCAGCUCCGCCAUGCAUUACUCGAAGUAGGAUUUUUGUAUCUGAAGAAUAUCGGAAUUCCUCAGGAAUUAAUAGAUAAUGUAGUAGAAGAGGGAGUGAAAUUCUUUGAUCUUCCUUUGGAGGAAAAGACCAAAAUCCAAAUGGUCAACGCCCCCUCAUUCCUAGGCUACUCACCCCUCUCCGCCGAAAUCACCGCCCACGCAAUCGAUCAGCGCGAACAAAUUGAUCUCUCGACUCCUCACCCCAUCCCCACUCCUACCGAUCCCCUCUACUACAAUCUACUUGCACCGAAUCUCUGGCCCUCUUCCACGCAUCUCCCUAAUUUCCGUCCUGUUUUCGAAACUUACAUCAAGCAAAUGGGCGAUGUAUCUCUAUUCUUUACAUCGUUAAUCGCAGAAGCUAUUGGAUUACCCUCUAAUGCGUUUGAGCGUUUUUUCGACAUAGAUCAACAGCAUAAACUAAAAGUGGUUAAAUAUCCGGAUUUGAAGGAAUUGGGUCUUUCGCCUGAACAAGAAGGUCAGGGUGUAGGUCCGCAUAAGGAUGCGAUGUUGACGUCGUAUUUGCUGCAGGUGGGUGAUAAGAAGGGCUUACAGGUGCAGAAUUUGAGAGGGCAGUGGAUUGAUUGUCCUCCGAUCAAAGGGACGGUGGUAGUGGCUAUUGGACAAGGCAUGGAGGCGCUGACGAAGGGUGUUUGUAUGAGCACUACGCACAGGGUACUGAGCCCGGAGUAUGGAAAGGGUCCGAGGUAUAGUGUGCCGUUUUUUCAGGGGGUGAGGGGGAGUACCAAAUUUGAGGAGUUGAACGAAGUGGGAAUAGGGGAGGUGAAGGAGGAGGUAAGAGAAAUGAGGCGAAGGGUUUUGGAGAGUGUGGGGGGUAGAUUGGAUGAUGUGGAGUUUACUUUUAUAGGGGGCGGAAAGGCGGAGACGCUAGGAGAGGCGACAUUGAGAAAUAGGAUUAAAAGCCAUGUAGAUGUGGGAGAGAAAUGGUAUCCUGAGAUACUUGCAGAUAUAAGAGUAGAGCAGGAGGAGGAACGCAGACAAAAGAAUCUGCCAGUCACUCCACCCGCCGAAACGUAA